AUGGCUACCACAACCUCGCAACCCUCCACCAAGGAGAUCAUUAUCGGAGAAGUCAUCGAAGCCCUUGGUGAACACGCCCUUGACACUGUCUCCCCUUCUGACAAAGUCCCUUCCCUGCCCAAAGAAGAUACCUCUCACGACGAUAACUUCUUCCCCCACUGCAUAACCCAGCAGCCCAUCCCCAAGCCCUUCCGCGGACCCGGUGCACCCCACAACAUCAUGGUCGGUCUGGAGAAGGAGUGCCCUAGAUGGGCCCCUGGGUCAGUCAUCAGAUGGGUCGCCCUAACCGAAGGCUUCAAAACCCCCACCGACGCCACCUAUGCAGCAACCCACCUCAACCUCGCCUGCCAGAAAUGGAACGAUCUCUCCAUCGGCGUCACCUUCGAAUGGGUCAAAGACACCAAAGACGCCACCUUUGCCCUCUGCCACGGCGGCGACAGCGGCGGCACCCUCGCCUCCGCCUUCUUCCCCAACGCCAACGACUUGAACAUGAUGCUGGUCUACAACCCGGCCUUCUCCAUGCCCCGGUGGAAGGCAAACCUGUGGAAGAUCUUCACCCACGAGCUCGGGCAUGUUUUGGGUCUGAGGCAUGAGUUUGCGUUGGAUGUGAACCCGGAGACGGGGACGGUGUUUGAGGCGGCGGCGUCGGUGCAGUUGGGGCCGAGGAAUGAGAAGUCGGUUAUGAACUAUUCGAGGACGCCGCCUGAGAUUCAGACGAGUGAUGUUGAGUCGACGAGGGCGUUUUAUGCGUUGAGGGAGGGGGAGGGAGGGGCGCCUGCGAUGGUGGGGUUGACGGAGGUGGUGGAUUAUGUGCCCAUGUAG